UAAAAAUGGAAAGAUCCUGUAAACUGUAUUUUUUGUUCUGGAUUAUUAGAAAUCUUAUGUUCUAGUAAACAUUUAUAUAUUAUAUUCAUAAAUUUAAAUUACAAAUUAUUUAUUUUUGAUUAAAAAUAAAAAUAGUGAUAAAAUCUUUGCUCAUGUUCUUUCCUUUAGAUUGUGUGUGUGGUUUACCGAAUGACAAUGGGAAAAUUGUAGGAGGUUUAGAAACGGAGGUGAAUGAGUACCCUUGGAUGGCAUUCUUAAGAUUUAAAACUGCUUCUGUGCAAGCUUUCUUCUGUGGAGGUAGUCUUAUUUCAAGCAGAUGGGUAGUUACUGCAGCUCAUUGCUCACAAAAAGCUCCAGGAGAUGUUGAAGUAAGACUAGGGGAACAUGAUAGAACGUCUACAUCAGAAUCUCAAAUCACGAUAAAUGUUGGAGUUGAGAAGAUAUUCAAUCAUCCUGGAUAUACUUCAGGAAUCAGUAAAUAUUUCUUUAGUCUUCUCCGACAAACUGUAUCUCCGUUGAACCCUCCUCCACUUCUACCCCAAAUAUAA